AUGGGAAGCUUCGUGCCGACAGCUGAAGACUACAUGCCGACUUUCAAAACGCCAUGGAUUGAGACGCCCCUUGUCGAGUCCGCGGCUCUCUCCCGUGCUGCAGGAUGUCGCAUCUUUUUGAAGCUGGAGAAUGUCCAGCCCAGUGGAUCAUUCAAGUCCCGUGCCAUGGGCAACCAGAUUCUUUCCCACCUUCGCAAACCCGAAAACGCCAACCGCCGUGUUCAUUUCUUUGCGUCUUCCGGAGGCAACGCGGGUCUUGCUGCCGUUUGCGCUGCCCGCAGUCUGGGAUACCCUUGCACAGUGGUGGUGCCGUUGUCCACUAAGCCCUUGAUGAUAGAGAAGCUUCGGGCCGCCGGCGCUGCAGAUGUGAUUCGCCAUGGCGAGACCUUCUUCGAGGCCGGAUCAUACAUGAAGGAGGUCAUUAUGCAGACUAGCACCGGUGAUGAUGAGGACUUGGUCAAGAUCGCGCUUCAUCCAUUCGAUAACGCACCCAUCUGGGAGGGAAACAGCAGCAUCAUCGAUGAGCUUGAAAAGCAACUUCCUGCCCCUUGCAGCACCGAAGAAGAAGACCGAUACCGAGGGAAAGCACUUCCUCUGGACGCUGUGCUCUGCAGUGUGGGUGGCGGUGGUCUUCUCAAUGGUCUUGUCAUGGGGCUCGAGAAGCGUCGAACCCAGAAGCAAGUUGUACAAAGCGGUCUCUCCACCACUGGCCACGCAUACAUGGACAUUGCUGCAUCUGAGACGACCCCAUCUCGCUCCGCUACUACCGAGCCCAGUCCCAUUCACCUUCUUGCCAUCGAAACCGACGGCACAGACUCACUUGCCGCUGCUAUUGCUCACAAUUCCCUCGUCUCUCUUCCCAAAAUUACCUCCCAAGCCACAUCGCUCGGCGCCAUCCGCGUCUCAGAAACCACUUUCCAAUAUGCAGUCUCCCCUCCACCGGGCAUCAAAGUCCACAGUGCUGUCCUCACCGACGCCGAGGCCGCCCGAGGUGUCCUCCGCCUUGCAGAUGAUGAGCGAUUGCUCGUUGAGCUAGCCUGUGGUGUCUGCGUCGAAGCCGCAAUUGGCGACACUGCGGUUGCCGCGGCCGAGGCAGCCUCCUCGGCACGAGCCGUUGCUGUCAAGCAGGGCGUGAAGAAGCGCAAGCUUGGCUCGACCGAAACUGGCUCUGACCGUGAUGAGGGCUACGGUGAUGACCGAUCGGUCUCGACAGGAAACGAGACUGAUCAUGAAAUGGAGCCGGAGAUGGACACUACCAUGAAGACUUCCGCACCCGCCUUCAACUCCAAGCUCAAGCAGUUGGUGCCGGACCUCAACGAGCAGAGCCGAGUUGUCAUUAUUGUUUGCGGCGGCAGUAACGUGACUAUCGAUAUGGCGAGCGAGUACAGAAGACUCCUGUCGGAGGGAUGGUUGUGA